GGGCUCCCCUAGGGUUCGUGGCCCGGCUGGUGAGCAACGGCGCUGCGGACCAUGGCUAGCGGAGAGCCUUCCCCUGGCGGCGGCGCGGCCCGGCGACCGCUGCACUCGGCGCAGGCGGUGGACGUGGCCUCGGCCUCCAACUUCCGGGCCUUUGAGCUGCUGCACUUGCACCUGGACCUGCGGGCUGAGUUUGGGCCUCCAGGGCCCGGCGUUGGGAGCCGGGGGCUGAGCGGCACCGCGGUCCUGUACCUGCGCUGCCUGGAGCCCGAGGGCGCCGUCGAGCUGCGGCUGGACUCGCACCCGUGCCUGGAGGUGACGGCGGCGGCCCUGCGGCGGGAGCGGCCCGGCUCGGAGGAGCCGCCCGCGGAGCCCGUGAGCUUCUACACGCAGCCCUUCUCGCACUACGGCCAGGCCCUGUGCGUGUCCUUCCCGCAGCCCUGCAGCGCCGCCGAGCGCCUCCAGGUGCUGCUCACCUACCGCGUCGGGGAGGGACCCGGGGUUUGCUGGUUGGCUCCCGAGCAGACAGCAGGAAAGAAGAAGCCCUUUGUGUACACCCAGGGCCAGGCUGUCCUAAACCGGGCCUUCUUCCCUUGCUUCGACACGCCUGCUGUUAAAUACAAAUAUUCAGCUCUUAUUGAGGUCCCAGAUGGCUUCACAGCUGUGAUGAGUGCUAGCACCUGGGAGAAGAGAGGUCCAAAUAAGUUCUUCUUCCAGAUGUGUCAGCCCAUCCCCUCCUAUCUGAUAGCUUUGGCCAUCGGAGAUCUGGUUUCGGCUGAAGUUGGACCCAGGAGCCGGGUGUGGGCUGAGCCCUGCUUGAUUGAUGCUGCCAAGGAGGAGUACAACGGGGUGAUAGAAGAAUUUUUGGCAACAGGAGAGAAGCUUUUUGGACCUUAUGUUUGGGGAAGCAGGUACGACUUGCUCUUCAUGCCACCGUCCUUUCCAUUUGGAGGAAUGGAGAACCCUUGUCUGACCUUUGUCACACCCUGCCUGCUAGCUGGGGACCGCUCCUUGGCAGAUGUCAUCAUCCAUGAGAUCUCCCACAGUUGGUUUGGGAACCUGGUCACCAACGCCAACUGGGGUGAAUUCUGGCUCAAUGAAGGUUUCACCAUGUACGCCCAGAGGAGGAUCUCCACCAUCCUCUUUGGCGCUGCAUACACCUGCUUGGAGGCUGCAACGGGGCGAGCUCUGCUGCGUCAGCACAUGGACAUCACUGGAGAGGAAAACCCACUCAACAAGCUCCGCGUGAAGAUUGAACCAGGUGUUGACCCGGACGACACCUAUAACGAGACCCCCUACGAGAAAGGUUUCUGCUUUGUCUCAUACCUGGCCCACUUGGUGGGUGAUCAGGAUCAGUUUGACAAUUUUCUCAAGGCCUAUGUGCAUGAAUUCAAAUUCCAAAGCAUCUUAGCCGAUGACUUUCUGGACUUCUACUUGGAAUAUUUCCCUGAGCUUAAGAAGAAGAGAGUGGAUAUCAUUCCAGGUUUUGAGUUUGAUCGAUGGCUGAAUACCCCUGGCUGGCCCCCUUACCUCCCUGAUCUCUCCCCUGGGGACUCACUCAUGAAGCCUGCUGAAGAGCUAGCCCAGCUGUGGGCAGCCAAGGAGCUGGACAUGAAGGCCAUUGAAGCCGUGGCCAUCUCUCCCUGGAAGACCUACCAGCUGGUCUACUUCCUGGAUAAGAUCCUCCAGAAAUCCCCUCUUCCUCCUGGGAAUGUGAAAAAACUUGGAGAGACAUACCCAAGUAUCUCAAAUGCCCGGAAUGCAGAGCUCCGGCUACGAUGGGGCCAAAUCGUCCUCAAGAACGACCACCAGGAAGAUUUCUGGAAAGUGAAGGAGUUCCUGCAUAACCAGGGGAAGCAGAAGUAUACACUUCCGCUGUACCACGCAAUGAUGGGUGGCAGUGAGGUGGCCCAGACCCUCGCCAAGGAGACCUUUGCAUCCACCGCCUCCCAGCUUCACAGCAAUGUUGUCAACUAUGUCCAGCAGAUCGUGGCACCCAAGGGCAGUUAGAGGCUCGUGUGCAUGGCUCCUGCCUCUUCAGGCUCUGCAGGCUUUCAGAAUAAUUGUUUGUUCCCAAAUUCCUAUUCUCUGAUCAACUUCCUGGAGUUUACAUUCCCUCAGGAUAAUCUGUUCUCUAGGCUUAGGUAUCUGUGACUCUUGAGCCUGUGCUCUGGUGGAAACUUACUUCUCUAGUCCACUGAGCCCUGAGACAGAGAACCUGCCCACAGCUCUCCCCGCUACAGGCUGCGGGCACUGCAGGGCAGUGGGCCUUCUCCGCCUCUCCGCCUAAGUCUCUGGGAAGAAGUGGAGAGGACUGAUUCUCUUCUUUUCUUUUUUUUCCUUUUCUUUUUUCUCUCUCUCCUUUUUCUUGCUGAUUUUAUGCAAAGGGCUGGCAUUCUGAUUGUUCUUUUUUCAGGUUUAAUCCUUAUUUUAAUAAAGUUUUCAAGCAAAAAUU